AACAGGAGACACUUGGAAAUUUGCGCCCUGGAGGACAGUCCGCCGCUCCGCGCUGAGAUGAGAGGGUUUACGCUGAAUAACGUUUGCCAGUGUGGCUUAUUUGCUUAUCUCGUCUUCUUUUCUUUCAUGUCUUUUACCGCCGCAGUCAGUUUUGACCUGACUGAGCUUAGGAAUAAAGUUGCAAAAAUUAAAGUGAAUCCAAGAGGCAAUCUUUGGGCUACAGGACACUUCAUGGGCAAGAAGAGCGUGAUGGACACCCCCCUGCUGCCCUCAGCUGAGGGACAGGGCGUCGAUGCGCUGGAAGUCAACCUGCCCGCGGAGCAGAGCGCCCUGGUGGAGCUUUUUCAAGAGUUCCUGCGGGUGGCGUUACAAGCGCAGGUGGACACACAAGAGAGCCGCACGAAAAAUCAGGAGGCGGACAUGUUGAUGAAGAUUUUAGAAAACUACAUCCAAAGCAGAAAGUGAUGAAGAGGGUGUGUGGCACGCAUGAACACGGAUCCGAGGUCACCUGGCCUCAUGGGUUGAAAUAAAUACAUUUAGACACAGUCUGCAGUCUCCUGCUCAUCAUGAUUGUAAUUUACUGUAACUGUACUGCAAUACACGUGAAGGUUUUAUCAAUUUAUUUUGAUGAUAUUUCACAUUGUCUUGUCGUUUAAAGUUAUUUUUAUUAAAUAAAAUGAUUAUUUGCACCGCUGUGACUUU